AUGGCUCUGGAUUAUGACCAGUUCAAGGGAAAGCCUUUCCAGGUAAUCUCCAAGCUUGGUGUACGAUACACUGGUAUCUUUGACCAUAUCAGUCAGGAAGACCAGACCAUCUGUCUUGCUCAGGUGUACAACCAUGGUACCGAGGACCGUCCCACAGCUCGACAGCUGCCGGGAUCAACAAAAUCAUUAGGAUGGGUCAGGUUUAGGACGGAAUCCAUCGACUCAAUAUCGCUGGUGGAGAACUAUGUCGUCCCUGGGACCGAGCCGCAACCAGAAGAAGACCCCAUUCUUGCCUCUGUCUCGCAAGAUGCUCCAUCAUCUGUAGCACAACCACCUCAACACGCCAUUAGCCCUGCAGAACAGCGCUACGACCUUCCCGCGAAACCCUCAACCUCUGCCAUCUCUGCCGCUACCGCGCUUUCCCGCGUCGAGCGGUCCUUGUCUGAACUGUCCACCAACGACCACCCCCCUCGUCGUGGUUCCAACCAGGGCCAGCAAGGCUACGGAAACGGUUAUGGCAGAGGCUAUGGCAAGGAAGUGAAGCAGCCUGAAGUACCGGAUGCCGAGUUUGACUUUGCAAAGGCAAACGAGCGAUUCGAAAAGGAGCGGGAGGCGAUCAAGUAUGCGAGCGCCCAAGGCCCCGUGGUCAUCGGCGAAGUCGCUCCCAACCCUGCUCUUGCCCAAACACAAUCACCGCCCCCUCCCUCCCUCUCUGCUUUUCUCUCACCUCAACCGGAUCAGGCUGGUCCCAUUUCUCCCCCGGCGGCGGCAAAGUACCAGAAAUCGUCAUUCUUUGACAAUAUCUCGCACUCGACAGGGAAGGUCAGCCGGAACGAGGAACGUCAUCGUAACCUCGACACGUUUGGAGAAGCUGGUGGACCGCCUCCUGGUGCUUUUGCAGGCCAAGGACGAGGAGGUUUCGGCGGACGCGGACGGGGCCGAGGUGGAUAUGGUGGAGAACAGCAGGGGAGUUAUGGAGGGUAUGGGUAUGGGAAUAGGGGACGAGGGGGUUAUAGCCGGGGUGGUGGGAGGGGCGGGUAUGGUCAGCAAUCUGGAGGAGAUUUGUAA